AUGCCGCCCGCAGACCAUCCCAAUUCGCCGCCCGACAAUGAGUCGACAGAGAGGCCCGCGCACCGCGAGCCCGUGUCGUUAAAGCGCGGCCGUGAGGGGUCAGUUGACCCAUUUACGAGCGAAGCAGCGAGUGCGGCGUACAUUGCCGCCAAGAAGAAUCGGCUCGAGGAGGAUGCACCCGAACCCCAGUCCGAAACAGACGAGGAGAAGGUGACUGGGAAGGAAGGCGGCACCAUCGGCGAAGUGCGCCGCAAGGUCCAGGAGAUGAACUGGAAGGAGGGCGAGCAGCCCGGGACUGUCGAGGACACCGAGGGCGAUAAGGACAAUGCGGACUCCAAGGUAGAGAGCAAGGCGGAGGGCAAGACGGAAGGCGAGGACGGGGAAGACUGGGUCAAGGUCGACAAGACCGAGGCGUCUGACACGGCAGAGCCGGGAGACGCUGAGAGCGAUGCGCCGUCGCUCAAGCGCAAGGCCGACGAACCCACGGCCAAGGUCGCGGAGGAGAAGAAGCGCAAAUCCACAUCCCCAACCCCGACUGACUCGCCCCCAAAACCCGCAGACCCUGCGCCCGCCGAGGUCAAGAAGCCCCAGGCAACGUUUGGGUCGUUCUCUGCCAAGGCCUCGCCCUUCGCAGCGAUGGCGGGUACGUCUGCGUUCGGAGCGGCUGCGAAGAAGGAGAGCGCGCUUGACAAGAGACCCGUGCCCUUUGCGGGGUCGGGUUUCGGGAGCUACUCAUCAUCGUUCAGCCCGUUCGCCAGUGCCAAGAAGAGCGAGGAUAAGGCCGAGAGCUCGUCGUUUGGCGAUAUCCUUAAGGAGAAGGGAGAUGACGCGGACGCAGCUGAGGACAAGAAGCUGCAGCUGGAUCGACAGGAUGUGCCUACGGGGGAGGAGGAGGAGGAGACGAUGUACCAGACGCGUGCCAAGCUGUUUAUGAUGGAACGCGAGGGAGCUUGGAAGGAGCGUGGCGUCGGCCUGCUCAAGCUCAACCGGCGGCGAGACGAUGGGAGCUCUCCGCGCCUCGUCAUGCGCGCCGACGGCGUGCUGCGUGUUAUCCUCAACACGGGGCUGUACGUCGGCAUGUCGUGCUUGGAAGACGGCAAGCACGUGCGCAUGACCAUCUUUGAAGCGGGCGAGCGCCGCUUUGUGACUAUUAGAACUGCAUCCACCAAGAUCGCGACUGAGCUCACUGCGGCGAUCCAUGAGCACACGCCGCUCGAGUCGCCGAAGAAGAGCAUGUCGCCCGCGGGCCCAAACGACAGCGUCGUCUAG